GAGAUCCCCAUCGCUGCCCCGAUCAUCAGUGUCACCGGAGGUGCCGCUCCUCCCAGCAAGGAUAAGAUCGAGCUGCCGGAUGCCCACGAUCCCGUCACAGGCUCAGGGCGAUGGCUCUACGAGACGAAGCUGGGCGAAGGCGGCCUAGCGGUCGUCUUCCAAGCUUGGGAUACAAAGGGGGGUCUGGGCCAGGUCGCGGUGAAGGUGCUGAAGAAGCACUCAAAAGCACAUGCGAGACAUGCGUUUGCGAUGCAUAGAGAGAGUCAGUGGUCGCUACAACGACUCCACAACAAUUCCGAUCCCCGCUACUCCGAGUCGCAUGCCAGUCUCUUCGCCAGGUACCUUGAAGACCAUACGGGCUUCACGGAUCUUGGUCCGAGUGACUUCGAGGAGCGCCGGAAGGAAUACGAGUCCCCGAAGUUUGACUGGUCCAAGAACCGCAUCAUUUUGCCUGGGAAGCCUUACGUCGUGAUGGAGCUUGCCCGCGGCGAGACGCUUCAGACCGCCAUGGAUCGAGAAUAUCGUCCAGCAAAAGCGCACGAUCCGCCUUGCCUCUCCCAAAUGGAGAAGCACGACGUCAUCCUGCAGUGCAUUAUGGCUUUGGAGUAUUUGGAGCGGUUCUGUCUAAUCCACCGCGACUUCCGCGGCUGCAACAUGCAGCUGAUCGCGCGGCGGAAAGACCCUGCACCCUGCAAGCUCAAGAUUCUCGACCUCGGCGUGAUGAUCUCAGCUGAGGUUGGCAUGGAGAAGAACUGCAACAUGGCGGUGCAGGCCUUCCGACGACGGGGCGAGACUGAGGAGCAACGAAAGCGCUACGACUGGCUUCCUUGGGAGGUGCGCGGGGCAUGUGAUGACCUGAAGGGUCCUGUCUACAACUUCGACCAGCCAGGACAUGCCUUCGACACUUUCUCCUUGGGCGUCUUGAUUCUCCAUCUCCUUGUGGGGAAGUCAGAGGCGCGGCAAAUCUUGGAAUCUCUGAAAGAUCAUCCCGAGAGGAUGCUGGAUGCUAGCUGCAUUGGCAUCCCGCGAGAGCUGCUGACUGGACUCCUCUCUGAGGCGGUGAAUCGCCCGCGGCCACAGGAGGUCGCCAAGGAGAUGAUUCCUGUGACGCCAAGGGACGCAGGAUCGGAGACCAAGGUGCAGACACCCGCAAAGACUGCGGCAGUGGUGUCGAAGCGACGUCGCAGUCGUAGCAUUGCGCGGGCGCACGUUGUUAGUCACACGACCACCAAAGUUACCACCAAAGCUGAUGAAAGCAUCAGCGAUUCGGAGGACGAUGAGGUGGUCGUAGUUGCGGUGGUUCCACCGACAGCCGCUCCGGUGAGGGCUGCCAGCCCGGCGGCGGUCCCUGUUCAG